AUGCGCGUCAACACCAAGUGCUCCACAGGCGCAACACCGCCGCUGCAGUCAGAGAAACGCGCUACGGCACUUCUCCGCAGGCGCCGCCCGCACUCCUGGACCACGGCGAGGCAAAGAUGGCUAGCCCUGCCUCUCAAGGUGGCUAGCGUCUGCAUGUGUCUCGCCGCACUCGUACUCACCACACGGCUGAUCUCCCUUAGCGCUCCUCGUUUGCUCUCCUCAGGCCCUGUUGCCGGAGCUUCGCUGCACCAUGACUCCCAGGCAGCACAUGCAGCGCAUGCAGCGCACGAAGCGCAGCAGCCCCAUGCAAACACUGUCUGCAGUCCUUCCAACUUCACUUCCGUUUCUCAUCUUGCAAACUAUAAAGCUGACGUCGACUCGACGUCCUUAAUCUUUCCCCAGUGGUACGCUCAUCCCUUUGACUUACUCUUUGAAGCGGUUGAAGCUGUCGCUCUCUUCUCCCUCCUCUUCUCUCUCCUCUCUCUCUCCAACGCUCAGAAUGGUGGUGACCAGGGCUCGAACGGGCAAAGCGGGCUGAACCCGGAUACGAGCAACAGCGGCCAGUGCCAGUUCUGCACAGUGCCCGAGGGCUACACGUCUGAGAACAUUGGCGCUCCGCUGAAUGUCCAGUCGCAGUUCCCUCCACGCUGGCAAGAGGCGCACGCUAAGGCGUCUGCCAUGCUGCAGGGCUGGUCGGUCGAGGACAAGGUCAAGGUCGUGUCGGGCACCGGAUGGAUGCAGGGUCGGUGCGUCGGCAACACUGCCGCAAUCCCGGAGCACAACUUCCCGGGGCAGUGUAUGCAGGAUGCGCCGCUCGGUGUGCGGUUCGCGGACCUCGUGUCUGCCUUCCCCGCCGGCAUCAACGCCGCCCAGACCUUCGACAAGAAGCAGAUCUACGACCGCGGUCACGCCAUGGGCGAGGAGUUUAGAGGGAAGGGCAUCAACGCCGCUCUCGGUCCCAUGACCAACAUGGGCCGAGUCGCCGCUGGUGGCAGGAACUGGGAAGGGUUUGGAGGCGACCCAUACCUCUCUGGUAUCGCGACGUACCAGACCGUCAAGGGCAUCCAGGACGCUGGCGUCCAGGCUGUCGUGAAGCACUACAUCGCCAACGAGCAGGAACGCAACCGCACAACGUCGUCUUCCAACAUCGACGACCGCACUAUGCGCGAGGUCUACGUUCACCCCUUCCUCCGCGCUGUGCAGGCCGACGUCGCAUCGGUCAUGUGCUCGUACAACCUCAUCAACGGGUCCUGGGCUGGCCAGAACGCCAAGACCCUCAACGGCAUCUUGAAGACGGACCUCGGCUACGGUGGCUACGUCAUGUCUGACUGGGACGCGACCCACUCUGGAGUGCUCGCAACCCUCUCCGGUCUCGACAUGGAUAUGCCUGGCGACAUCCACAUGAACGGCGGCAAGACCUCGUACUUCAACGCGAACUUGACCAUGGCGGUGAAUAACGGCUCGCUCCCAAUCGAGCGUCUCGACGACAUGGCUCAGCGUGUCCUCGCGGCUUGGUACCUCGUUGGUCAGGACAAGGACUACCCCGCUGUCAACUUCAACACUUGGGGUGAGGAGGGCAACGAGCAUGUCAACGUCCAAGGCGAGCACUACAAGCUCAUCCGCGAGAUGGCUGCCUCUUCCAUCGUUCUUCUCGAGAACAAGGGUGCGCUCCCGCUCAAGAAGCCUCAGACUAUCGGCAUCAUCGGUCUCGACAUGGGUCCCUCCCCCAAGGGUCCCAACGGCUACCCCGACCGCGGUGGAAACGACGCUAUCCUGGCAAUGGGCUGGGGUUCCGGCACGACCAACUUCCCCUACCUCGUUGACCCUUACCAGGCCAUCUUCCAGCGUGCUCGCCAGGACGGCUCCGGCAUUCAGAACUGGUUCGAGAACUGGGAUCUUGAGGGCGCCGCCAAGGCUGCCACUGGUGUUGACGUCGCUCUUGUCGGUAUCAACUCGGACUCGGGAGAGCAGUACAUCACCGUCGACAAGAACGAGGGCGACCGCAACAACAUCUCGGCUUGGCACAAUGGUGACGAGCUCGUCAAGGCUGUCGCUGCUGUGAACAACAACACCGUUGUCAUUGUGCACUCUGUCGGACCCAUGGACAUGGAGCAGUGGAUCGAGCACCCCAACAUCACUGCUGUUGUCUGGCAGGGCAUCGCCGGCCAGGAGGUCGGCAGCGGUCUCGUUGACGUUCUCUACGGCGACUACAACCCCUCCGGCCACCUGCCUUACACGAUUGCCAAGCAGAUGGGCGACUACCCCGCCGUCAUUGACUACGUCGACACCGAUAUCCCGCCCGAGACCAACAUCCCCUACACUGAGGGCCUGUUCAUCGACUACCGCCACUUCCUGAACAAGAACAUCCAGCCUCGCUACCCCUUCGGCUACGGACUCAGCUACACCACCUUUGACUUCAAGGACCUCUCCAUCAACUGCGUCGACAAGACCAAGCGCCGCUUCGAGCACUCCUUCUCUCGCCGCCACGCGCGCCGGGACGAAGACACCUGGAUCUCAGAGGAUGCUGGCGACGACAACUCGACCGACGCUUCUGCCUCUGCUGAGGCUACGCCUUCUGCCAACGUCACUGCUGCUCCGAACGGCACUGAAUCCGAGGCUCCCUGCGACUGUGAGGAGCACUCGAGCGCCUCCGCCACUGCUUCUGCUACCUCGAGCGCUGAGAGCUCCAAGCCUACCGACGGCCACGACGUCGUCUACGGCCCGGAGCCGACGUACAACUCCACCAUCGGCACUUCGAUGACGGACGACCUGCACCGCCGCCGCUGGGAGGUCAAGGUUAACGUCUGCAACUCCGGCUCUUGCGCCGGUAACGCCGUUCCUCAGCUCUACCUCAGGUACCCCGAGGGACUCGGCGAGCCGCCGAAGGUUUUCCGCGACUUCGAGAAGGUCUACGUCGAGCCCGGACAGGAGGCUUGCGUUUCCUUCUUCCUCAGCCGCUACGAUGUUUCCAUCUGGAACGCCGAGACGCAGAAGUGGGAGGUCCCCGAAGGCGAGUUCACUGCCCUCGUCGGCCGCGACAGCUUCGACGACAGCGGACCUACUGCCAAGUUCACGCCCGCUCACGAUCUUUAA